AUCCACGCCGCGCUGUAGCUGGAGCUAUUACCGAAGUGCUCUCAUUUACCGUCCCACUCGCUAACUAUCACUCAUGUAUGGAGUCCAACGAGAACUAAGAAUGGACACUCGAACAAGCAAUGGGCUUGACAGGCCGCCAUCUGAGCAGCUUUGUGAUCUCCAUGUUUAUGUAAUUCCGAGUGAAUCAUGGAAUGAGAAAUUCCAUAGUGCCUACAAUGAAGUCAUUAAUGAAUCAAUAUCAGCCGGGUUUGUCCGAGUUGUUCCAGAUCUCACGAUUUAUGCACUUCGUGAUGAAAUAGAGGAGCAACUUGGCGCUGAUGAAGGCGUACCAAAGGAAUAUGUAUUCCUUAAAAGUGUUGGAAGAUGUCUAACACAGUUAAAACCAAGACAAGAAAUUGAUUUGAAAGUGAAGAGUUUUUUACCUCCAUUGGCGUAUCUUCCAGAAAUAUUCUUACUUCCAGGUCAGAGAGCACACGUUCCAUUAGCUUUACCAUCCACUGAAAAUUACAAAGCACAGCGGCACAGACAGAGUAGGGGAGGUGAUGUUGACAGUUAUUCAAAUCUUGGUGGACACGACUCCACGCCUGACCCCUUUUCAAUUGAACGUUACCCCACAAAGUCAGUUCAUCCCGAGGAGGGUGACCAUCGUCAUGGAUAUCUCCCGCCCCUCAGUGCAACCCCACCUCAAACUCCCGAUGUUGUCUCAGGUGAUUCCCCACAGCAGAGAAGGACCAAAGUGCCGCUCAAGGACAUACCGAGUCAGAACCGCUCUGGGAGAUCUGACACGUAUACAAACAACACAAAUGAAGAUUCUGGUAUUGCUGACGAUGUGGAAGAAGAACUGGAAAGGAAACGCCGGAUACAACAACAAGAAGAAGAAAGAAGGCGCCAAGAAGAACAAGAUCGACUACAAAGGUUGGAGGAAGAACGGAGACAAGCGAAUGAACGUCGGAGAAUAGAGGAGGAGAACCAACAGAAACGUCUCCGUGAAGAGGAAGAAAGGAGGAGAAGGAAGCUUGAAGAGGAAGAAAGGAGAAGAAGGAAGCUUGAAGAGGAAGAAAGGAGAAGGCAGCUUGAAGAGGAAGAGAUGAAACAGAGACUUGAAGAUGCUGAGAGACAAGCCAGAGAACGGUUACGAGAUCAGGAAGAAGAGCGAAUACAGAGGGAACGAGAGGAUCUGGAGCGACAAAGAGCUGCUUUAGAGAGGCUACAGGAAGAACAGCGGGAGCGAGAGCGACGAGAGCAGGAGAGGAGAGCACGGGAAGAGAUGGAACAACGCCAACAGGAAUUGGAAGAUCAGAUAAGAGAAGAAGAGGAAAGAAAGCAACAAGAAGAAGAAAGGAGAAAAGAAUUACAGGAGAAACAACAAAAGUCAUUUGUAUCAUCAUCAUCACCACUAAUGCGAGUUCCCGAGGUGAGACGUAGUCGAGAUACUGAGUCGGCUAAAGAGAGAGAUCUAGAGGAAAAAGAGCGCUUACUAGAUGAAUUACAAAGAGCACGAGAUGAACGACAAGAAAUGGAAAGAGAUCGAGAGGAGCUGGUACGAAGAGCAAAGUCAUUGCAGAGUAAAACGCAACAUAAACGAAACCAAGCAAGGGACUUAUGGAAAAAGAAAUACUUUGAAGAGAAAAAGAAGACUCCUCCACUCGAGGAAGAAGUCAUGAAACUUAGGCAUUCAUUAGAUACGCAACAUAAAAAGUUAGUCAAUCAACUCGAGGGCAAAGAUGGCAAGAGGAAAAAUCUUUACACUAAUCCAUCAGAAAAGACAAAUUUGAAAAUACAAAUAGCAAAAUCACAGCAUGACAUUGAGGAACUUCGACGAAGAGUAGAAAACACAAAAAUGAAAUUGACAACCGAGAUGAAGUUACGCAACCAAGCCGAAACUGAACUUCGUGCCCUGAGGGCUGAAUUAACACAGAAGAAAAUAAACGUCACUCUAUCGCGAUCUCAACAGCUUGCGGCAUUGAAGGAAUCAGAAGAAAACUUAUCAUAUAUGUCACCAAGAACACCUUUACCAUCAACUCUCAGUCCCAGAGUUCAGUAGAUUUCAAGUCUGACUGAUACAGCAUAUUACCUGAAAUAGUUACUAUGAAACUAGUUACUGCUAGAUACUAUUACUAGUUAAAUUGGUUCUGAAUGGUUACAAUAUUUGGAUGAUAUUUUAUAUUUACAUGGAUUCAUUUACUGGUUUCAACUGAUGUUUUUUAUCACAACUG